UUAACCCAAUUCCCAAGAUCCAUUAUUGUUUAAAUUUUAAUAAAUCUCGCAUUUCUUUUGGGUAUAGCCACAUUUUAUAAAAUUGUCAGGUUUUUACAAAAUAUUUAUAAAUUCAGAUAAUGAUUAGUGUUUUAUGAGCAUUAUAUAAUUAGCCCACAAAUAAUUUUUCAUCCUCUGACCCAAAUUUGGAGGUUCAGAAAACCCUGCCAAAUAACAUGACAAGGAGUGUGGAGUACAAUUAAUUUGUACUGAUCCCAUUAAAAUAAUGUAUAAAUUAUCUAAGGAUAGGAGAGCCUAUAAAGAGAGUUGACUACUCCUAAAAGGCCUUCCUAUCAGGAAGAGAGGGUACCAUGACAUCCAUUUUUAAAUUUGUCAAAUUUUUACCAAAUUUUUUAAACUUGUAAAUAUCUAUGUCCAAUUAUGUGAAUGUCUCAUAACAAAUGUCUGAGUCAGCUAAAAAAUACUAAAACUUACCUAACUACAUUAUUCUAGGUAGGAUAAAUAUAUCUUUCUAUUAUGGUAAACUAUUUAGCAAAAUGUUACCAAUCAGGAAUUAAGUAAAAUUAAUCAAUAAAAUAUUUGAAAAAUACACAUACAGUAGCAAACAAGACUGAAAUUACAGAUAAAAUAGGUCUCUGAAUGCUACGAUUUGUAAAAUGAAAUUUUUGUUGAAUUAUGGUUACACCUUCCUAGGGGAUUAUAAAUUAAAGUUCAUGAAACAUGACUAAGGAGUAUUAAAUAGUUUAUCAGGUCCUUGUUACUGAACUUAAGAGAUAUCCAAGGAUAAAAUUUUCUCUGUAGAUAAUUUUUCUGAAAGUCUUAUGUUAUCGUCCAUCCCAAUAGUUCAGCGUAAUCAGAUAUGUCUAGUUCUGUACCACCAAUAAACAAAGGAGUCCAAAAAGUUUUAGAUAUAUUCAUUUGUUUUUAUGCAUGUACAUGUUGUUUUUCAGAUGAUAUAUUCUUUUGCCUGUUUCCUACCAGUAACACAAAGUUUAAGGUUCUUGUGAAAACCGCACUGUUUACAUUUAUUUAAAACUAUCUGAUCCUUAAAAACUAUUUUAAGAUUUUCUGUUAUACUUGCCCUAAUAAAAUUCAGUCAGGUAGAUUAAUUUGUCUAUUGCCUACAAGGUAAAAAGUACACCACAUCAUAUGUUGUGUAACCAGAUUUGCUAAAGUUGCUUACAAAAUUUAAAAUUAUAGCUCUUUUCAUUUUUAACAUUUCUUCCACAAGACAAAAUUGAAAUUACAUCAUCGUCCUGUGUGAUAGGCUUUAGCCAAAUUCCAUGGUUAGACAUGUACCGUCACAGAACUCGUUCUUAUCUAUGUUGAAAUGAGGUUUCACAAAACUUAAAAAAUUACGCAAGAAAUCUUUCUUGAGAUAUCUUGCCACAUGGUACAUUCACAUUUUUCUUCAUUAAGUGUUCAGCAGUAUUCAAAUAAUAAAAGUUUCAGUGAGCUGGGGAGAGUACUACAAUGCAAGAAUGUGCCAAACCAAUUCUUUUCAUUAAUUUAUAACAGUGACUUUCCACUCUAUUGUUUUACUUUUUCCUCUGUUAAUAAAAAUGACAUAUCUUGAACCUCAUAUGAUUUUUUAUACAUAUAUUUAUUCUACUAAUUUGUCAUUGCUUUCAUGGUUACCUAUAAGACCAAUGUAAAAAUAUCCCUAAACUCAGCCAAAUCAAAUGGAGUAACAUAAAUGUUCAACAAACUCUGUUUUCUAUGAUCCUGUGAAGUACACAGUGGUCAUCAGCAACACCUUAAGACUUAUGAUUUUUAAGAACCGUUUUAAGAUGUAUUGUGAUAGUUGGAUAAGGUAAAUAAAGAAAAUAAAUUCAAGUAACGUUAGUUCUAGUGUCUUGUGUAGAGUGGGCAGUGGUUAGCAACUACUUCAGACUAUUUGGUUCUUAAGAACUACUUUAAGAUCUACUAAAGUAAAGUAAAGAUGUUUUAUUUUACCAGGCGAAGUUAGGGCUAAGAAGCCCUCUCUAACAAUCUACUGUGUAUGUUACAAAAAUGAUAAUAAAACAAUAGAUUUAUUUGACCAGUAAUACAAUCCCAGGCCAUUAAACAUUUACACUCUCUGUAAGUAACUCUUUUUAAGCACUUGAAGACCAAAUAGGUACAUUUUAAGAACAUGAUGUUACAGUCAGAGCUGUGACUUUGAAUUUAAGUUGACCAUCCUAAACUUGCAACAAUCAACAAAAAACAGCACCUUAAGUUAAUUUUGGGAAAAAUCUUGGUAGUAGCAGCCAGUCACGGUUGGAACUUGGACCAAUGUUUGAGGGUGAGCUGGACAGUGGCUGUAAGGUGACGGUUAGCAGCUCUGGUGCUCCUAUUUAUUAUGUGGCCAACAACUACGUGGAAGCUGACUGAGGGCUUCACCCACAAUAAUCAUGGGAACUGGUGUUAGUGUAUCUGAUAAUUUUAAUUUUAGUAUCUUUUCUAGGACUAAACGAAUUGCCAUUCAUAAUCACCCUUAAAAUGAUUUUCUGAAUGAUUGGCUUUCCUCUAAGAGUAAAUCAGCCCUCCCUCGACAGUGUAGGAAAGGCAAAUAGGGUAAUAAAGGAGGCUGUUGAAGAUAUUCAGUUCUGCAACUUUAUUGACACCACUUUAUCGUAAUGUAUACAUUGUACAAAACAUUGAUUGCACAUAAACAAUACUGGAAAACAUGUUUUGGCUCACUCGAUCUGUCAAUCUUGGAAAUAGAGUAAGAGAUCGUAAUAUAUUAAGAUGGAUAGCCACUAACCAUUGCUCCUCAGUAAAUAAUUCCACAUUUUCUAUCAUCAAACAUCACAUAUUUUACGCAGCAACCAAUGAUCUAUCAGCAGAACUAUUUCACCACUUUCAUGCCUCUACACAAGAAGCUAUGGAGGAGUUUGUACUGUUUGACUUCACCAAACUACCGAACUUGCAUGGGUGGUCAGAAAUGUCAGAUGUUGUGAGGGAAGUAGGCAUGUCUAAGGCAGUAUUGGUUCUGCAGAAGACACAGAGGUUCCAGCGAGGAGUGCUCUUCACUAUGCUCAAUCCUCAGCCCAAUGGGGCAGGGUUUGCUGGGUUCCGGACUGAUACAGAGUUAGACUUGAGUGACUACAACACUCUCCGGCUCCACUGUCGAGGUCAGGGUGAGAACUACGGAUAUAAAGUUGUGCUGAGGCAUAAAAAUGAGAACACUGAACCGUUCCCUUCUUAUGAACAGAUGUUUCAGGCACCUAACAGAAAGUUUGAAACUGUGGACCUGCCUCUGGCUGGAUUUGAACCGUAUUAUCGCGGCAAGAAGCAGAAUCAGUCGGCGCCGCUAGACAAAAGUCAGAUCACCAACUUCGAGUUCCAGAUCUACGGUGGGGUCUAUCUCCCGGUGAAGCAGGCAGGGACCUCCUCCCUGGAGAUUGACUGGGUCAAGGCGGUCCCUUAGUCCCUCUUCAUAUACCAAUCUCUGUAACACUCUUUUGUGAUGAAAUUGGAAUAAAUGUUAACCUUUAUUGCUCAAUCAA